CUAUAACUAUGACGACGACUACGAUGAUGAUGAUGAUGAUGACAAGAUUGUUGAUUGUGAAGUUGUGUGUUUGUGUGUGGGUGGAAAUAUAUCUUGCCAGACUUCAAAAUUGAGCGAAUUAAACGAUCUCUUCAUCGUAUAUUUACAGAAGACAACAUCAAAUACACACACACACACACACACACACACCCAGAAAAAUCAAGUAUCCAUAAAUAGAAAUCGAGGUUUAUAUGAAUAAUAAUGAUAAAUAACUAUGCAGCUUCCACAAAUUUGGCCACAAAAAAAAAUAAUUUCACCAUUUUUUUGACACCAUUUUAAUGUUCACUCGGAAGUUGUAAAAAGUUGUGUGUGUGUUUCAAAGUUUUUCAACGAUCAAAAUUUCCAUUUUUUUACUGAAGCGAAUUUUUUAAAUAUUUUUUUUAAAAUUGUUUGGAACUGUACCGGAAAUUCAUCGACCAAUCAAAAACAAAUAAACGGAUCAUGGACGAUAUAUUUCAUUGGUGUAAAGAUGGUAAUGCAUUAUUGGUUCGUGUAUGGUUGGAUGAUAUUGCCAAUGAUAUGAAUCAAGGUGAUGAUCAUGGAUUCUCACCACUUCAUUGGGCAGCAUUUUCUGGCCAUCUUCCAAUCGUUGAAAUGUUGAUCGCUAAAGGUGCACGAUUAAAUGCAACAAAUAUGGGUGAUGAUACGGCAUUACAUUUGGCUUCAGCUCAUGGUCAUCGUGAUGUAGUGAAUUUGUUGAUUAAAAAUCGUGCAGAUUAUAACCUAUUGAAUGAACAUGGUAAUACACCACUUCAUUAUGCAUGUUUUUGGGGAUAUAAAGAUGUUGCCGAAGAUUUAAUCAACGCUGGUGCAAUAUGUAAUAUUGCCAAUAAAUAUGGCGAGAUUCCAUUCGAUAAAUGUAAGGGAAUGCUUCGCGAAGAUCUUGAACAAUUGGCUAUGCGAAAUGGACAAGAUUUAUCGAGAAAAUUUCCAUAUAAAGACCAAGCUUGGUAUGGUACGACCAAACGUUCACGUGAUGCAACUUUAUCCCGAUUUGCCGGAUUAAAACUAGAAGAAUUAUUGUUAAAACAAAAAAUGGCUACAACAGCAUCGGGUGAAACAUGGCAUGGUAUAUGGCAACGAAAUAAAACGGAAAUUUGUGCCAAAUUUUUAGCCGUUUCGGGUGAAAUGUCUUCAAGAAUACCACGUGAUUUUGCUGAAGAAUAUCCACGUUUGAGGAUUUUCUCUCACCCGAAUGUUUUACCCGUUAUCGGUUGUGUUAAUUCACCACCAAAUCUGGUCGUUGUUAAUCAAUGGAUGCCAUAUGGUUCAUUAUAUAAAGUUCUACAUGAAGGUUCACCAAUUGUUGUUGAUACACAGCGUGCAUUACAAUUUGCCAUUGAUAUUGCACGUGGAAUGUCAUUUCUACAUACAUUAAAUCCCUUGAUACCGCGUUUCUACCUCUCAUCCAAACAUAUUAUGAUCGAUGAAGAUCUAACUGCCCGUAUUAAUAUGGCGGAUGCAAAGUUUUCAUUUCAAGAAAAAAAUAAAUUCUAUAAUCCUGGUUGGAUGUCACCGGAAGCAUUACAGAAAAAACAUAGUGAAAUCAAUAUAGCCAAAUCGGAUAUGUGGUCAUUUGCAAUAUUAUUAUGGGAAUUAGCAACCAGACAGGUACCAUUUGCUGAAUUUCCACCAAUGGAAAUUGGUAUGAAAAUAGCAUUAGAAGCAUUACGUGUAUCAAUACCACCAGGUAUAUCACCACAGAUGGCAAGAUUAAUAAAAAUCUGUAUGAAUGAAGAUCCAGGUAAACGGCCAUCAUUCGAUCAGAUUAUACCAAUAUUGGAAAAGAUGCGAUUAUCAUGAGAAUUUUUCAUCAAUUUUUUUUCGAAAAUCAUCAGACUGUCCCCGGUGUACCAAAACAAAAAAAAAAUACAAACAAACCAUACAAGCAAUGAUGUGUUCAGAACCAAGCCAUUGUUAAAAGAGUAUUACUCACGGUAAAAAAAUCACAGAUGCCAUACAUACUUAAUCAAUCAAUCAAUUAUCCCAUCUUCAUACAUGACGCACAUGCCUUUCACUCGAUUUAUUAUUAUUUUGAUUUUUUGAAAAAAUUUUUAAUUUUAAAAAAUUUGAUGAUGGAAUUUAUAAAAUGA